AUGUGCGGGCAGGGAAACAGAUCAUAUCUGAAACAGUUGUGGUAUGCUACCGCAGACCUUUGCUGGAGGAAGUCAAUGCCCAAUGAAGCUGUUUCCUACCUCGUUCGAAGACCCGCAUCCCUUUCAUCCCAUAUUCAUCCCAUCAAGAACCUACAGAUCACUUCAAUUCUUGCAAGGAUGUGGCGGUGCAGGAUGUGCCAGCAAAAUGGCAAACACACAGACUGCCGUACCAAAGGCAACCUCAUGGCGCACCUGGGCAGUGCGCACAACAUGGGUCCCUUUCGUUGCGCCUUGUGCCCCUACGCCAAGUGUAGAGCAGAUCAUGUUCAGGCCCACAUCAACAAGGAGAAGCUCAUGCGCAACGGUCGCCACGAGUAUGCUAUCGUGCAAUACAGCCAGAGAAUGAACAGCGCUCUGUACACUGAAAGUAACCUGUCCUACAUCCCGCCAUAUGUGCCACCAGUCUUCAUGCCAGUCACCGCCCCUGCUAUGGCUGCUCCGCUUGCUGCUCCCGCGACCCCAUCUUCGACCAUCUCUGGCACUGACAGUGAUAUCAUCUCCUCCCAUGAUGCUACACCGGACCCAUCCCCCAGCCCUACUCCCUCCAUCUCUUCCCUUGAUGACAACAACCCGGAGGAUGCCCAUGAAGACGACGAAAUGUCAGACGCAGCUCCUGUGUUCACGACACCAACCCAGCGCAUCGAGGUCCCUGCUCAGAGUGUCGAGUUCCAAGAUCAGCUCCGUACUCAGCGUGUCAGCUUCCAAGAUCAGAUCAACAAUCAGGCAAUGUGA